GAGUGUAGGCUGCUCUCAGUUCCCUAAUUUUUCCAGUCAGUAAAAACCUGAAAAAAAACACAUAAAUCUUGAAAAGAACAUAAAUAUUCAGUAAUAUUCAGAUAUCCUUUAAGUUAAAUCAAUUAAAAUCCAGUGAGUUGUAGGCUCCGUCCGCGCGAGUGUUGAAAUAUUAAUCGAGAAGUGCUUUGUUUUGCUUGAAAGGAACUCUUUAUUUUUCUGAGACAAGCGUCGGUGCCUGGUCGCCCACGAACACACAGUCAAAGUGAAUUAUCUCAAGCAGUACAUCGACGAUAUCCGCCGGAUAAUCGAGGAGAAAAUGUCGCUCAAUCCGAACGGGUAUAAGCUGUCCGAGAGGACGGGCAAGCUGACGGCAUAUGAUCUCAUGCCUACCACAGUGACCGCUGGUCCGGAGACGCGGGAAUUCUUGCUGAAGGUCAUCGAUGUCCUGCUGGAUUUCGUGAAGGCCACAAAUGACCGAAAUGAGAAGGUAUUGGACUUUCAUCAUCCCGAGGACAUGAAGCGACUUCUGGAUUUGGAUGUCCCAGAUCGAGCUUUGCCUUUGCAGCAGCUAAUCGAGGAUUGUGCCACCACACUGAAGUAUCAAGUGAAGACGGGACAUCCUCACUUCUUCAACCAGCUGUCCAAUGGCUUGGACCUGAUCUCUAUGGCCGGCGAGUGGCUAACGGCCACGGCCAAUACCAACAUGUUCACCUACGAGAUCGCUCCCGUGUUCAUCCUCAUGGAGAAUGUGGUGCUGACGAAGAUGCGUGAGAUUAUCGGCUGGUCGGGUGGCGACUCCAUCCUGGCCCCUGGUGGCUCCAUCUCUAACCUGUACGCCUUUCUGGCUGCUCGUCACAAGAUGUUCCCCAACUACAAGGAGCACGGCUCUGUGGGUCUGCCUGGCACCUUGGUAAUGUUCACGUCGGAUCAGUGCCAUUAUUCGAUCAAGUCCUGUGCUGCUGUGUGCGGUCUGGGUACUGAUCACUGCAUCGUGGUGCCCUCCGAUGAGCACGGCAAAAUGAUCACUUCGGAGCUGGAGCGUCUGAUUCUGGAGCGCAAGGCCAAGGGUGAUAUUCCCUUCUUUGUGAAUGCCACUGCCGGCACCACUGUCCUGGGAGCCUUUGAUGAUAUCAACACGAUUGCCGAUAUCUGUCAGAAGUACAACUGCUGGAUGCACAUCGAUGCUGCCUGGGGCGGUGGCUUGAUGAUGUCGCGUAAGCAUCGUCAUCCCAGAUUUACUGGUGUUGAGCGUGCCGACUCGGUCACCUGGAAUCCCCACAAGCUCAUGGGAGCUCUGCUGCAGUGCUCGACGAUUCACUUCAAGGAGGAUGGCCUUCUCAUCAGCUGCAACCAGAUGUCGGCGGAGUACCUGUUCAUGACCGACAAGCAGUACGACAUCAGCUACGAUACUGGAGACAAGGUCAUCCAGUGCGGUCGGCACAAUGACAUCUUCAAGCUGUGGCUGCAGUGGCGCGCCAAGGGCACCGAGGGUUUCGAGCAGCAGCAGGAUCGCCUCAUGGAGCUGGUUCAGUACCAGCUGAAGCGUAUCCGGGAGCAGUCCGAUCGCUUCCACCUGAUUCUAGAGCCAGAGUGCGUCAAUGUCUCGUUCUGGUACGUGCCCAAGAGGCUCCGGGGAGUGCCACAUGAUGCCAAGAAGGAGGUGGAGCUGGGCAAGAUCUGCCCCAUCAUCAAGGGCCGAAUGAUGCAGAAGGGCACACUGAUGGUUGGCUAUCAGCCGGACGAUCGGCGACCCAACUUCUUCCGCUCGAUCAUCUCGUCGGCAGCGGUCAACGAGGCGGAUGUGGACUUUAUGCUGGACGAGAUCCACCGCCUGGGCGACGACUUGUAAGGGGUUUCAGUCCGGUCCGGUUGGGUUUGGAUUAUAUGGGUGUUGAUAUUGGUAAUGGUAGUUCGCAUACAACCAAGAAAUAUCUAUAAGGUAAAAGCAUAUCAGGAGACCGCAAUGAAAAACCCCAGAGAUUCGAGAAUCGUUAUUCGAGUGCAGGGGAUAGAGAUCCCAGAGUAAUCAUCCAGAGUUCAAUGUUGAAUGUACAUUUGUUUGUAUCUAUAAAGUGUUGCUAGCUGUUCCUUUUUCGAUUCCUCAUCCCGUUAUCUGUAAUUCGUUAUCCGUUGACCGUUAUUCGUUGGCCUCAGGUGUUGGAAAACUAUGUAUAAUCGAGUCGUUUGAUUUCCGUUCGAUGGCAACUAUAUCUAAAUCGAUUAAAAUGAAUAAAAUGAAGCAUAUGAAGGAAGAAAGUGAAGCAUCUAAAGGUAAUAUUUGAAUAUCUAUAUGUAUACUGCAAAUAAUAAUAGAAACCAGAGCAUAGAAGCCACCGCUCCACACACGCACCACCAAACAACACGGAACAGUCCCAGCCCCACACUCAAAAAACACAACAAAUACUGAGAACUGAUAACUCAGAACUAUGGAAUAUAUACGAUAUAGAAACUGUUGGAACGCUAUCUUAACAUAUCAGGAGAAGAUGAAGAAUGAGUUGAGGACUUUUAGUUUAAUCCGUUGAUUUUACUUUGUUUGCAAAUAGUAAAAGUUUUCAAAAAUAGACAAAGCUCUAUGGCCAUGCGUACCUUUAUAAACAAAAAAAAAAAAAAAAAAAAACGAGAUCGAAAGAGACCGAGACCUGUGCUUGUUAAUUGUAUAGACAAAACCAAAGAAGGGGAUCUGGACUCCAGGUCCCACUUAGUCCAUGUAUCGAACUGUGCUAUAUAUAGAGAAAUGAAUACGUAUAAUCGAAUUAGUUGGAGUUUAGUUAUCAGCUAUUGGCUGGCAGAACAGAAAUAUAUAUAAACUAUAAAUAUAUAUGUGCCCGGUGUCAAUUAAACUCAAUUACGAAUGUUGGAAGGUUCUGUUGUUUUCUGUUUUCAGUUAAGUUUUCAAUCUGUUAUUGGUCCAGAAAGGUUUUUCGGGAAGGGUCAGGAAUGGAAAGAUCCCAAUCAGAGAACACAAUCAGACAUGUUACACACACAAAUCGUUUGUCAAUUCAACCAAAUUACAAAUAUAUUCCCAAAAGAAUUAAAUUAAACAUAUAUUGUAUUAAAACAAGUGUUAACUAAGUUUAUCCAGAGCAUCAGUGUUAUAUGAAUCACGCUCAUUUUAUGUCUGUAUAAAUUAAUGUAUAUGUAUUUGCAGAGAUCCAAAUCAAAGCCAGAACAAGAAUUAUUCCAACAUCUAUAUAAAUGCAAAUGAAUAUAUUAUAUAUAUAUAAAUAUAUGGGUAAAUUAAAAU